AAGUUGACCUGGACAGAUAAAGCCGGUUCAGUCACUCCGUGUGCAUUACGUGGCCCGCGUAAUAGGAAACCUCCCUGCAACCCAGCAACGACUUCACCCAAUCCUAUAAACACAUCAUCUCACCAUAGAAGUCAAUUUGCAUUCUCUCUCUCUACUUUAUUUUCCCUCGACCAAAUUCCAUUUUUAAAACAACCCAGCAACGACUUCACCCAAUCUUAUAAACAUAUCAUCUCACCAUAGAAGUCCAUUUGCAUUCUCUCUCUCUACUUUAUUUUCCCUCGACCAAAUUCCAUUUUUAAAUAUCUUCUGCAUAUUCCCGACCUUUAUAUAUCUUCUUCAAAUUCAACAGAGGUCACACAGGGUCAUCAAUGGAGACCCGUACUAUAGAAGUAACUUUGAUAUCCGCUCGCGAUAUACAGGAUGUGAAUUUGUUCACCAAAUCGAAGGUCUAUGCCGUGGCAUGGAUCAAAGGCGACCCUCGGGCCUCGAAGCAAAGGACGGUCUCAGACAAGGAGAAAGGCACAAACCCUACCUGGAACAAACCCUUGACCUUCACAGUCGAUGAGGCGGCGCUUCAGCAGGGGUGUCUGGUCCUAGAAGUGGAGAUUCGCACAGAGGGGACAUUUGGGGACAAGGAAGUAGGGCAUAUAUCGGUACCCAUGAAGGAAUUUCUCAACAAGAAGCCUCCCGGCGGCGUAGAUUUCGUGGCUUACCAGGUGCGCAAACCCUCGGGGAAGGCCAAGGGCACGCUCAAUUUAUCAGUCAAGCUGAACAAUCCGGCGCAAGAUAAACAGCCGGUGUACGAGCCAACUGCCUUUCAGUACCCUGCUAAUGGUAGCGCUGCCCCAGCAUAUGGCGCCACAGCCCCAGCCCCAGCCCCUGCACAGAAGGAGGGCAAGAAUGAGUCUGUGACUUCAUACCCAGCCUACCCGCCGCCUGGAUCUUCCUCUUCUUCCUCAUACCCACCGCCAGCAGCAUACCCACCGCCGCCUCCUGGUCAGCCUGCAGGCUAUCCCCAUUACCCUCCGCCUCCACCUGCGGGUUACCCCCAGUAUCCUCCACCUGGUGGGCAUUAUCCUCCGCAACAGGGUUACCCUCCCCACAAUCAGGGUGGUUACCCCCCUUACAAUCAGGGUGGCUACCCGCCCUACAAUCAGGGCUACCCUCCUGCUCAGCAGCAGCCGCCGAAGAAGAACAAGAUGGGAUUGGGACUAGGCGCCGGGCUGCUUGGUGGUGCCCUCGGAGGGCUGUUGAUUGGUGACAUGAUUGGCGAUGGCUUCGAUGAUGGAGGGGAUUUUGGGGGUGAUUUCUAAUAAGAUCCUGCCAAAUUACUGAAACAAAUUUUGUACUUCUUCUUCUGGAGACACUAGGGAAGGUGUUAUCAUGAUGCUGGUAUAGAAUUUCUGAGCACUAAAGGUACUAGGGAUAUGAAGAUGGUGUUUCUGGUCUUCAUAAGAUAUAUUGUGCCUUGUUCAUAUUCCUCAACGCCAAGUUAUAUCAUUGACCGUAGCAGGAGUAUUGAGUAGGCAUCAACAGAUUCCUUUUAACUGGCAUUACAUCAGAUUGGGAGGAUGGAAGAAUUUGUUUUGUAUUGUUAGCAGUGGAUGGUUCAUGGUGGUAUAAGUCAGUGCAUGACUGAACUGUACGCAACCGGGUUUAUGUUGCAUAUGGUCACAUCCAGCUAGUAUAAUACAAUCUAAUCUAUGGAAAAGGUCGAUGAUCUAGCACAUGUUAUUAUGUGUGUCCAAUUUCAAAAACAUUACUGUAGUCUUUUACUCUCGCUGCUUUGAAUUUGAUUGAUGCAAAAAUUCAUGCAAUCAAAUUCACAAGCAACAGUAAAUGUCUCAUAGAUUUGGAGAUCUACUAUAAUAUUAAUUACUAUAGUCCAUAGUUUAUCAUA